UUAACUGGCGUAACUUCCGGUAGAACUUCCUUUUUCACCGUAGCGCGACGAGAGGAGCGAGCCGCUAAAAUGAGUAAGGUCUCCAGGGAUACGUUGUACGAAGCGGUGAAGGAGGUUCUGCAAGGCUCUUUGACCAAGCCAAGGAAGUUUGUGGAGAGUGUGGAGCUGCAGAUCAGCCUCAAAAACUAUGAUCCCCAGAAGGACAAGCGUUUCUCCGGCACUGUCAGGCUGAAGACUCUGCCCAGGCCUAAGUUCUCUGUGUGUGUCCUGGGAGACCAGCAGCAUUGCGACGAAGCCAAAGCUGCCGAGCUUCCCCACAUGGACAUCGAGGCUCUGAAGAAGCUAAACAAGAACAAAAAGCUUGUCAAGAAACUCGCCAAGAAGUACGAUGCCUUCCUGGCCUCCGAGUCUCUGAUCAAGCAGAUCCCUCGUAUCCUGGGUCCUGGACUGAACAAGGCCGGCAAGUUCCCCUCCCUGCUCACCCACAACGAGAACCUGAACACGAAGGUGGACGAGGUUAAAUCCACCAUCAAAUUCCAGAUGAAGAAGGUGCUCUGUCUGGCUGUGGCUGUUGGACACGUGAAGAUGACAGAGGAUGAGCUCGUUUACAACAUCCACUUGGCUGUCAACUUCCUGGUGUCCCUGCUGAAGAAGAACUGGCAGAACGUGCGUGCUCUCUACAUCAAGACCACCAUGGGCAAACCCCAGCGCCUCUAUUAAAUACAGCUUUUCUAUGAAUAAAAGUGGAGAUGCUCCAAAGCCUUUGCUUGUCCAAGUGAUUUUAUUUUGGGGUCAGAUUGACUUUUCAAAGCUUUAUGAAUUGAUAAACUAUAUUUAUAUACAUUUAUAUAUGU